AUGCUACAUGUGGUUCAAGUAGAUAAUUUAAAUGUACGACCAUUGCCAAGACGUCAAGAAAGCAAAGGACGGAGGACUGCUGGCUUAGAGAGCAGUCGUCCAACUACACAAGAUGAUGGAAAUAGAUGGAGUUCUCCAGCGUAUACUGCUGAAGAUAUCCCAUUCCCCUCUUAUGUUAUCCCCAUGUUAUCUGGGGUGAGUUGUGGAGUAAUAGAAGUUGGGAAAGUUUUUGAGAACAAGUUAGAGUUGAAGAUGAAGGCACACUUGUAUGCAAUGAAGCAGAACUUCGAGUUUGUAGUGAAGAAGUCAGCUUGGAGAUGCCGAGAGAAGGCUCUUUCUUAUGUUAGAGGGACACUGGAAGCAUCCUACCAGAAGUUACCAUCGUACCUGUUCAUGCUUCAACAGAAAAAUCCCGAGACGUUGACAGAUUUUGUCACUGAGGAAGAUCGAUUCAAAUAUUGCCUUUUCUCACUCGGAGUUAGUAGAAGAGGGUUUCGUACAUGUCGUCCUGUGUUAUGUGUGGACGACACUUUUUUAAAGACAAAAUACGGCAGACAGAUGUUAUGUGUAGUCGCACUGGAUGCUAAUAACCAUCUAUAUCCAGUUACAUUUGGUAUUGUGGACAGUGAGAAUCAUGAUUCUUGGAAGUAUUUCAUGUCAAAGCUAAAGGAAGCGAUUGGGGAAGUCGAGGACCUGGCGUUUGUAUCUGACAGGCAUGCAAGUAUUACACAUGCCUUGGAAACUAUUUUCCCCGAUGCCUGUCACGGUGCUUGCUACCACCAUAUUAGUAUGAAUGUGGUUGCUAAAUUCAAGAUUGAUCAUUUUCAUGUGUUGAUGUAUAAUGCGAGAUAUGCUUUUAGGAAAUCCGAGUUCCACGCUAACUUCAAAAAAAUCAAAUCAAAAGACCCAGCCAUUCCUCAAUACCUAGAAGGCAUGGGUUUUGAUAAGUGGUCCCGUACUUACUUUCCUAGAAAUAGGAUAGAAACUAGCGAGAAGACAACUACAACUCUUGCACCGACCUAUGAGAAAAAUUGGGUGGAUAUGGCUGAGAAAACUCGAUUCUUGAUUCCUUAUGCAAUAGGGAGGCAUGAGUUACAUGUGUUAGAUGGUGAGAUGAAUGGUGAAGUCGACCUCCUGAAUAAGACAUGCACAUGUGGCGUGUUUCAGAUUAUUGGUAUCCCAUGUGCUCAUGCACUAUCUGGAUCCCUUAAGCGAGGGGUGAACUUUUAUUCGUUGUGUUCAGAUUACUAUAAAAUUGAGGCAUGGAGGUCCUCUUACACAGAAUCUAUAUAUCCUACUGGUAAUGAGGAAAAGUGGAUUGUUCCACAUGACAUUAUGACAAUAAAAGUGAGAACACCUGCGCAGAAAAACCCAGUUGGUCGUCCAAAGAAGAAACAAGGUAUGCCUAAGACGAAACGCCAUCCUUCCAAUGGAGAGAAAUGUGUUGUACAACGCAAGUGCAGCACUUGUGGAGGUCUAGGCCAUAAUAGGGCAACUUGUAAAGUUCGUGUUUGA